ACCAUUCGGAGAUAGGAGGGAGGCGGGCUUUUCACAAAUGUUAGCCAAUGCUGUGUUCCGAUUGUAAUAACGUUGCUUAAGUCGCAUCCUGGUAGGAGCUGCAUAUUGAGGUUGCUUGUCAUUUUACUUGAAGUUUUGGGGGUUUUGGCCUGCGAGAGAAAAAUGUACGGCUCCUUGCGGGUGAUGUUGCAGGUGCUGUGGGCCCAGCUCCUAUGUGGCUGGGUGCUGGGCUCCGAGCUCACUUUUGAGCUGCCUGACAACGCCAAGCAGUGUUUUUACGAGGACAUCACCACGGGGACCAAGUGCACGUUGGAAUUCCAGGUGGUGACAGGCGGCCAUUACGACGUGGACUGCCGCUUGGAGGACCCAGACGGCACGACGCUGUACAAGGAGAUGAAGAAGCAAUACGACAGCUUCACCUUCACAGCGGCCAAGGACGGCACCUACAAGUUCUGCUUCAGCAACGAGUUCUCCACGUUCACCCACAAGACGGUGUACUUCGACUUCCAGGUCGGCGACGACCCGCCGCUCUUUCCCAACGAGAACAGGGUCACGGCGCUCACCCACCUGGAGUCGGCCUGCGUGUCCAUCCACGAGGCCCUCAAGUCCGUCAUCGACUACCAGACGCACUUCCGCCUACGCGAGGCACAGGGACGCAGCCGGGCCGAGGACCUGAACACGCGCGUCGCCUUCUGGUCCAUCGGCGAGGCCAUCGUCCUCCUUGUGGUCAGCAUCAGCCAGGUGCUGCUACUGAGGAGCUUCUUCUCUGACAAGAAGACCACGACCACCCGCAUGGGAUCGUAACACUGCUGGGACGGCGGUUGCGGUGUUUCUGUCCUUGCCUGGCUUGUAUGCAAUGAGUGGCUUUAGAACAGCAGGUGAAAAUUUGGAUCAUAUUAAACUUUGAAACGUAUACAACACUGCUGUUCUAAGAGACUCCUUGCAAAUAAGUUUUCUACAAAGAGAUUUGAAACAAGUUUAGAAGGGGUACAAAACAAAGAUUGUGCUUUUAAAUAUCUACUACUGGUGUAAAGCAAGUCCCUUCAGUAUUGUUUUUUUGCCAUGCAUAUUUUAAUGAUGUCCCUUUUUUUGUUUUUUAUGUGUGGAAAAAUUCCCAAAAUUAUGUCACUCUCAUCUCGCACCCUUUGUUUCUGAGUUGUCGUCGAUUUUGACCUGAAAUAAGUCAUGUAGGGUUGUGGUGACAUUAACACUAAAACAAAUGUUUGAUAAGAAAAUGACCCAAAACAGAUCAAAACAAGUUUGUUUUUUUUAAUCUCACCUGUCAUGGUUACAAAAAGUAAGACAUUGAGGGUUCUAGCUAGUGCUCUUCAAAUUGUAUUUAUCUUGGUAAGACUUCAGCAACACUGCAUUCUACACAAUUUUUAAAAUCAUAUUUACAAAUGCGGUACAGCAAGCUUGUACCUGUAAAACCAUGCAAUACAUGAGGUCAGUUUAUAUUGCAUUUCGCUAAAAACAUUUGAGCCUGUAAAAAGAACUGUUACAGCAAAAGACCAAUCUGAUGAAGUUCAGUAAUGAAUUUGCAUGCAGAAUGUAACAGGGAAAAUACAUCUCAUAUUGUAUGAAAAAUCUAAGUAACAGUGGCUGUUUAAUUCCAAAAUGUUUUUUCUCAACACAACCCUUGGGACUGUAGUUUAACCCCACCACCCCCCAUGCUGGAAGCUUUCUGGUAGUUAAACCUUCCUGUUUGGCAUUUGUGGCUUGGGUUUUGAUAUUUUACCUGUGCACUGAUGAGUGUUUAUUAAAAAAAAAAAAAAACAUUCUGAAGCACUCUGCGGAGAUGUUAAGUUAUUUGGAUGGCUGAAUGAAUAAACUGCCGAAACUGAAA